UACAUGAAAUUUGUUUCCUGUCGUGUAAUGCACUUAUGUCUCCAUCAAUUAUAAGAAUUUUUAUGGAUGCAACAAUAUUGGUUUUGGGUUUUUUGUUUUGUUUUGUUUUGUUUUUUUGGUUUUUCGAGACAGAGUUUCUCUGUGUAGCUUUGACCUUUCCUGGAAUUCACUCCGUAGCCCAGGCUGGCCUCGAACUCACAGAAAUCCACCUGCCUCUGCCUCCCAAGUGCACCACCACCAACCAGCGUGCAACAAUAUUGUUUACAGUGAUUUUCUCUUCAGGCUUUGAAUGUCAACCCAUGCUCUCCCAGAUUUGGGAUCAUUGUUUGGAUACUUGAUCGUAUUGUGUUGCUUGGGUCUUUCAUGUGGUUUGACAUUGUUCUCUAACAGCUUUCACUAUUAAUUUUUGCCUUUUCCUUUUGACCCCUUAUAUGAAAGGGCAGCAAGUCAUCUAUUCCUUGUUCCUGAAGGAGAAACUCAAAGAAAAGAAACAGAAAGAAAUGGCCGAUUCUCCAGUAAGCAUGUCCCAGGGUCUGUUGACUUUCAGGGAUGUGACUGUGGACUUCCCCCAGGAGGAGUGGGAAUGCCUGGACUCUGCUCAGAGGGCUUUGUACAUUGAUGUGAUGUUGGAGAAUUACAGCAACCUAAUCUCUGUGGAGAACUUUUACAUAUGUGAUCCUGUCCAUCAACAUGUGAAGACUGAAAAGGAGUCUUGUCAGUGUAAUGAGCUUGGCAAAGUGCUUCAUGACCCCUCCACAAGUGCGUUUUAUAAAACAAGUGAAACUACGGAAAAUGCUAAUAACAGCAGAUGCAGUAAUCACAGCGAUGCCUCUAUUGACUCAUCAAAUCCACAUAGACAUGAACACAUCCUCCCUGGAGAAGAACCUUGCAAAUCUAAAGACUGUGAGAAAUCUUUAAAUUUGUGUUCCAACAUUACUCAAGAUCAGAGACUCUUCACUGCAAAGAAGGAGCACAGGCAGGGAGAAUAUGAUGACUAUUUCAGCUCUACAUACAGUCUUUUGCAACAACCAAUCUACAUUGAAGAGACACCACACCAAUGUGAGAAAUGUGGGAAAUGCUUCAGAACUGCCUCACACCUCUCUGUACAUCAGAGAAUACAUACUGGAAAGAAACUUUACAAGUGCAACAGUUGUGAUAAAUCCUAUAACCAGUGGGCAAAUCUUAAAACACAUCAAAGAAUUCAUACUGGGGAGAAACUUUACAAAUGCAAAGAAUGUGGAAAGUUGUUUCCUCAGGCCUCAGCACUUAAAAGCCAUCAGAAAACACAUACAGGAGAAAAGCCUUACAAAUGUAAGGAAUGUGACAAGUCCUUUGCCCACUGUUCCAGUUUCAGGAGACAUCAGAAAAUCCAUACUGAUGAGGAACAUUGUAGUUGCCAAGAAUGUGGCAAGGUCUUUCAUCAGCUUUCACAUCUUAAAAGCCACUACAGACUCCAUAGUGGAGAGAAGCCUUACAAAUGCAAUGAGUGUGGUAGAUCCUUUCCCCACUAUUCAUCUCUUAAAUGGCAUCAGAAAACUCAUUCUCUAGAGACAUUUUAUAAAUGCAAAGAAUGUGGUAAGUCCUUUCUAGAAAUAUCACAUCUUAACAGGCAUUACAGAAUCCAUACUGGUGAAAAACCUUACAAGUGUGAGGUAUGUGACAAAUCUUUUACCGUGAAUUCAACUCUUAGAACACAUCAGAAAAUUCAUACUGGAGAGAAAUCUUACAAAUGUAGGGAAUGUGACAAAUCCUUUACCCGGGACUCACAUCUUAGAAGACAUCAGAGUGUUCAUACUGGAGAGAGACCUUACAGUUGUAAAGAAUGUGGCAAAUCUUUUACUACAUGCACAUAUCUUAGAGAACAUCAGAAAAUUCAUACUGGAGAGAAACCUUACAAAUGUGGAGAGUGUGACAUGUCUUUUAUCCAGCGUUCAAAUCUUAGAACACAUCAGAGAGUCCAUACUGGAGAGAAACCUUACAGAUGUAAGGAAUGUGGCAAAUCUUUAACUACGAGCUCAACUCUUAGAGAACAUCAGAAAAUUCAUACUGGAGAGAAACUUUACAAAUGUAUGGAAUGUGACAAAUUCUUUACUCAUAACUCACAUCUUAGAAUACAUCAGAGAAUUCAUACUGGAGAGAGACCUUACACUUGUCGGGAAUGUGACAAAUCUUUUACUACAUGCUCAUAUCUUAGAGCACAUCAGAAAAUUCAUACUGGAGAGAAACUCUACAAAUGCAAAGACUGUGACAUGUCCUUUCUCCGAAUUUUUAGUCUUAAAAUACAUCAGAAGACUCAUACUGGGGAGAGAUCUUACAAAUGUAAAGACUGUGACCUAUCUUUUAAUCAGAGUUCAGAUCUUAGAAGACAUCAGAAACUUCAUACUGCAGAGAAACCUUACAAGUGUCUGGAAUGUGACAAAUCUUUUACCUACAUGUCAAAUCUUAGAACACAUCAGAGUGUUCAUACUGGAGAGAGACAUUACAGAUGUAAGGAAUGUGACAAAUCUUUUACUAAAUCUUCCCACCUCACUAGACAUCAGAGAAUUCAUACUGGAGAGAAACCUUACAAAUGUGGAGAAUGUGACAAAUCCUUUAGCCAACGUUCAAACCUUAGAGCACAUCAGAAAAUUCAUACUGGAGACAGACCUUACAAAUGUAUGGAAUGUGACAAAUCCUUCACCCAUAACUCGUAUCUUCAGACACAUCGGAGAGUUCAUACUGGAGAGAGACCUUAUAGUUGUAAGGAAUGUGACAAAUCUUUUAUUAGGUGCUCCUACCUCAGAGCACAUCAGAAAAUUCAUACUGGAGAGAAACUUCACAAAUGUGAAGAGUGUGAUAUGUCCUUUCUCCGGAUUUCAAGUCUUAAAAGACAUCAGAAAAUUCAUACUGGAGAGAAACCCUUCAAAUGCAAAGAUUGUGACAUGUCCUUUCUCCGGAUAUCUCUUCUUAGGAUACAUCAGAAAAUUCAUACUGGGGAGAAACCUUACAAAUGUCUGGAAUGUGACAUAUCCUUUAAAUGGAUUUCAAAUUUUAGACGACAUCAGAAACGUCAUACUGGAGAGAAACCUUACAAAUAUCUGGAAUAUGACAAAUCCUUUACCCAUUUGUAAAAUCUUAGAACACAUCAGAGAGCUCAUACUAUAGAGAGACCUUACAGUUGUAAUUUUUCACUAUUCUCUGCUUAUAAAUCCCAAUAGCAUACAUAAUAUGCUACAGGAUAACUUUUUAUGUACUGUGAAGAUGUGUGUUUUCAAAAGAACCUUCUGAUUGGUUUAAUAAAAAGCUGAAUGGCCAAUAACUAGGCAAGAGAGAAUAGGCAGAACUUAUUAGGAGAGAGAGCAACUUGGGAUAUAUCUGGUGUAGCAGGAGAUGCCAGCAAGACAUGAGAAGAAUCAUAUGUACAAAAUGGAGGAGAAAUAAAGAACCACUUGGCAAAACGUAGGUUAGUAGAAACAUGUUACUUUAAGUUAUAAGAGCAAGUUGGGAACAAGCCUAAGCUAAAGGCCAAUCUUUCAUAAUUAAUAAUAAGUCUUUGUGUCAUUAUUUAGGAGCUGUCAGUCCAAAGAAAGUCUAACAAGAAAGACAAACUACAAUAAUAGAAACAUAAAGAUAAGAAGCUUGUGAAAGACUAUACGAAGUUUUAAAUCUAAGAAAAUAUCACAGAGUUCAUAUUUUUAAAAAUUCUGCAAUAGUAACUGUGAAAUUUUUUUAAUGUGUAUGGGUACUUUGCCCAUUGUGUAAAGAGUUACUUUGCAGCUCUUUCUGUAUACUACAUGUUUGCCAAGUACAUCUGAAUGCCAGCAGAGGGCAUAAGACUCCCUAAGAGUGAAGUUACAUACAAUUAUGAACACCUAUGUGUGUGUUACAAAUUGAACCCCAGUCCUCUGGAAGAGCAACCAGUGCUCUUAAUCACUAAAUUUUGACUCCAGCCACUGUGAAAUGCCAUAAUUAUUUAUCUUAGCUGGGAAAUGGUAAUACACACCUCUAAUCCUGGCAUUCAGGAGGCAGAGGCAAGUGGAUAGGUGUGAGUUUGGGGCCAGCCUAGUGUACACAGCUAGUUUCAGGAUAGCCAAGGCUGUUACAUAAUGAAAUCUUUUCUCAAAAACCAAACAAACAAUAUUGUUCAACAUUCAAGAAUUCAUAAUAAAGACAGGCUACAUGGUGUAUGCCUUUAAUCCCAGCACUCAGGAUGCAGAGGCAAGAAGAUCUCUAUAAGUCUAAGGCUAUCCUGGUCUUCAUAGUGGGUUCCAGAACUGUCAGGAGUACAUAGACCUAUCUUGAAAAAGUUAAAUCAUAAUAAGGACAAAAUAUAGUAACAUAAAAAAUGUGACAAAGACCUCUAAUUGUACUGUACAUUACAAAAUUCAUAAUUCUGAGAAAAGAUAUAGAGGUAUACCAUACAUAAUCCCCAUGUCUUCUGUUCAUUGGAUGUUAUAGCCACCAAAUGAAUUGAAUUUGACAAAUCAUUUACCUAGUGCUGAAAUUGCCAAUAUAAAAGCAAAUUCAACCUGAAGGAAAAUGUUCUAAUAGAGUCUCAUCUUUUGUUCACUUUCAAUAAUCUUUAUACUAGACUCAAACCUUCCAAAUAGCAAGAAAGUGAGAAACUGUAGAGAGAUAGGCUGUGACUGACAACAGGGACAUAUCACAAACAGCUUAGAAAUCUCCAAGGGCUCUGGGCUUGGUGGUGCAUGCCUUUAAUCCCAGCUCUCUGGAGACAGAAGCAGGUGGAUCUCUGUGAGUUCAGCCUGGUCUACAGUGCAAAUUCCAAGACAACUAGGACUACACAGAGAAACCCCAUCUCAAAAAACCAAAACAACAGCAACAAAAAACUCUCUGAGGACAUGCAGAAGUUCAAUUUGAACUACUGAAGAAAAAUGGGGAUUUACUCCACAUAAAAUAAUAAAAUGAUAUGGCUUUCACUAACUGCCAGUAGACCCUCAUGGAGGUAAAGGAGACUUGUUGAGACCCUCUCUCAGCCAUGAUGACAUGAUAAUAUGUAGUAGAACAGGCCCACAAGGUCGAGGAAAUUGGCUCAAACCAGUUGCCAAGGUAUGUACAUAAUGUACUUCCUUAUAAGCCAACCUGGAGUCUGCCUUAGGGCCUAGCAACAGGUGCUGUUCAGAGUUCAGAUUGUGCAGAAUCUGCCUGAGGGCCUAGCCACAGGCGCUGUCAGAGGUCCUGAUUGUGCCCAGCCAAUGAGGGACAGCCACACAUUGUCACCAGAUCAGGACAUAGCCUGGGUGCUGGGAGGAGGGUAUAUAAGGCCUUCCCCAUUACUGAAUAAAUGAGUCUGCUCUUUGUCUUUCACCUGACUCCCAGUGUAUAUGUUAACACCAUGCCUUCUUACCCUCUCCCCUGAGGGAGCCAUUAGAACCCAGCAACAUCUGGCACCCAACAUCCCAGUUGUACACAGUUGCUUGUUCUUAGCACUUUCUGAACAGUUAUGAGUCUCUGUAUUACACACGACCUACUGCAACAGAAGACUUCUUUCCCCAAGCAUGAGAGUACUAAAAAUUUGUCAUUCUAAACAUGAAUGUUUAGACAGCAGACAUCACCAUUAAUAAAACAUCAAUAGGUUUCCAUCCAUGAACCUAUAACUCUG